CAUAAUAAUAAGGUGGUGUGUAACAGAUGACCUAAGGCCCAGCAGGUUCCAGUGUCACCUUGGUGACGUCAGCUUACGCCCGGUGACGUCAAGGUGCUGGUGUGUAAGUACAGUGCACGCAGUCUGCAGCGGGAGUUCAGUGUGAGCAGCAUUGGUAAAGCAGACAACAUGGCUUCUGAAUCAGGAGAUGCCCUACCUACUUUCGAGGUGCCUGACAGCCAAACCUCUAAGUUUAUCAGGAAGUCUAAAGAGUCUCCCUUUGUACCAAUAGGCAUGGCUGGAUUUGCAGCAGUUGUAGCCUUUGGACUGUACAAAUUGAAGAGCAGGGGGAAUACAAAAAUGUCUGUCCAUCUGAUCCAUAUGCGUGUGGGAGCACAAGGAUUUGUUGUUGGAGCCAUGACGUGUGGUGUGCUGUACUCUAUGUACCGAGAAUAUUUAGCAAAGCCCAAGGAAUAAGAAGAAAGUUGUCACAGACACACAAGCCGCAACCAUGGACCUCACAUUGGGGUUGAUCUUUAGUUUAACAGCACCUAUUCUGUUAGGGCUCUGUACAUCAGAGAAAUGACAGCUUUAAGGGGUUAAUUUCACUUAGUGGUAUUUAACAUUAGUCCAACUGCAAAAUGUAUCCAUUAACUGUCUUGUUCCCCUUUCUUGAGCUGUUAAGGCACUAAUAAAAUAUUUAUAUAGACAUAUUUUUGUUUUUUAAAAAAUAUUUAAAUAAAAUGUGGACAAUAGAAUCUCUAAA